AUGAAGGAUCGUUUUAAGCAGAAAUACUCAGCCGGAGCAGCGGUUGCAUACAUUUCACGCAAACAAGCGUUGAAGAAGUUGCAACUUACACUCAAAGAUUUCCGUCGGUUGUGUAUUAUCAAGGUAAUUUUAAAACUUAUUACCAUCACAGAAACUUGAGCAAAAUCAAUUUUUCAGGGUAUCUACCCACACGAGCCAGCACACAAGAAGCAAGCAAACAAGGGUUCCACCGCUAACAAGGUCUUCUAUUAUCGUAAAGAUAUCAAUUUUCUCGCACACGAACCAAUCAUCAACAAAUUCCGCGAGAAUAAGAUUUUCUUGCGAAAAUUGAAUCACUUGAAAGCAAAACGGGAGGAGGAUAAAGUCAAGAAACUGUAUGAGCACAAACCAGUUUAUAAUUUGGAUACAAUUGUUAAGGAGAGAUACCCAACUUUUGGAUCAGCUCUUCGUGAUUUGGAUGAUGCACUUUCACUUUGUUUCACAUUCGCAAUGUUGCCACAUACUCGGGUUUUGAAAGAAGGAAUGAUAAAUGAUUGUCGUCGAUUGACUGCUGAAUUUAUGCAUUAUAUCAUUGAAUCACAAGCACUUCGAAAUACUUUCAUUUCCAUUAAAGGAAUCUAUUAUCAAGCUGAAAUCUGUGGCGAGAAAAUCACCUGGAUUGUUCCACAUGAAAGAGGUCUUCCACAUGUCACUGAUGUUGAUUUUACAGUUCUUGUCACAUUUGUUGAAUUCUACAUUGCUAUGCUUGGAUUUGUCAACUUCAAAUUGUUCCAAGGAAUUGGAUUGUAUUAUCCACCACAAAUUGGACAAACUGCGUCAGCCGAAGAAAUGGAAACUGAAGAUUAUCGAGAGAAGAUUUACAGUUUGGCCAAGCCACUCGCAAAGAAUAAGGAUUUCGAUGGUGUUGAAGAUGAUGAGCCACUUGAUCUCCUUGGUGAAGAUUCUGAUGCAUUGGCACAGAAAAUUCACGAGGCUAAAACUAUCAAAUCACUUUUCAAAGGAUUCGUUUUCUAUUUGAACAGAGAAUGCCCAAAAGAAGCAUUGGCAUUUGUUAUUCGAAGUUGUGGAGGAACUGUAGGAUGGGAAGGAGCACCGACUGAAUUGAGUGAAUCAAGCAAAAACAUCACACAUCAAAUUGUUGAUCGACCAAUGAACAAAUUGGAAAACAACAGAUUGUAUAUUCAACCACAAUGGGCAUUUGAUUGUUUGAAUGCGAGAAGAAGACUUCCAACUGAUAGAUAUAUGCCAGGAGUUGCACUUCCACCACAUUUUUCACCUUUCACUUCGGAGAAGGCUGGAGAUUAUAUUCCAUUUGAAAGAUUGGAGGAGUUGAGAAGCAUGGGUAAAGGUAAGAUUUCAUAAAAUUACCAGAAGGGUGCCUCCUUGUAAUUCAACUCACUUUCAUGUAUAGUUUUCUUGACUGGUUAGGGUUGAGGUGAAAUUUCAAAAUGAAAAAUAAAAAUCAGAUAAGGAACGUGGAUGAUUUUUUUCCAAAUGAGAAAAUAAAAAUCUGAAUUCAACACGUGAAAUUUGUUUCAAUAUUCAUUUCUAAAUAUUUAUUUUUUGUAGUUUAGUUUAGGUGAGAGAACAACUUAUGUUCAUUUCAUAGAAUUUCGAGCUGAUGCUUGAGAAAUUUUUUUCAAUAUAUAAUUGAAAAUACAGUUUUCUCAAUUUUAAACAACAAAUACUUCUUUACUAGUUUUUUCUGAACCAAAAAAUAUUUGAUCCAACUUUUCUCAUCUAAAUAAUUUUUUCCAGAUGUGAGCGAAUUGGAAGCUGCAAUUCCAAAAACCGCUGAUGAAUUGCCAAAGAGAAAGAAGGAAGUGAAAGCUGAACCAAAGAAGGGAAUGCAUGUAACAGUUGGACAAAUGCAUAAGAAGAGCAAAGAAAAGUAUCACGAUAUUGUUGAGAAGGUUUGUUGAUUUUUGAUCUUCUAAGAACAGAAAGCUAGGAAAAUCCCUAUUUUUCGUGUUGUUUGUCUUGAGCUAGAAACUAGGAGCAUAUAAUUACGUUUCUCUGAGACUGAGACAAGGGAACAUUUAUUUUUGAUUGACGUCACUAUUCUUACGAAAUCAUUUUCUUCUUUCAAACUAAAAUGUGAAACAUGAAAUUCUAAUUUUCAGACACAAGAAUUGAAGAUGCGCGAAUUGAUGAUCUCGAAAAAACACCAACGAGUCUAUCACAGUAUGAAAACACAAUUCAAACGCAACCGAAACGAUGCGUUGAAAUUGAAAAAGAAGGCAAAAUUGGCGAAAGUUGCAGCGGCCGAGUAA